AAACGUGACUCUCCAACUAUAUAAUGGAGGGGUUCUAGAUACUCCCCAACAUUUCCUAAAAAUCAUGGUUAGAAGCUUUAGAUACUUUCUGCCAAUCGUGUUUACUUUUCUGAACUUUUAUGAAGUCUGCUGGGGAAAGGUUAAAUGGCAGGCUAGACCCAUCUCCAUCAGCAAGACCACCACCGAUCCCAACUACAUGGACCUGAACCUCAAAGUGGAGCGCUUCGGGCUGGGAGAGUUCGCCUUCACGGGCACCUACUUCACCAACAUCGACAUGGAUGACACGGUGACGGUGGAACUCCGGAUCUAUAGCUGCUAUUCCGGCAACGAGGCCGACUACAAGCUGACCCCCUACAGCAUCCAGCCGCAGAAGUUCAUCGACUACCUCAACACCUUCUACAAGGACCUGCUGAUGAAGAACCUCGGCGACUGCACCGACCUGCCCAAGUACGAGGACGGCUAUGUGCCCCCCUGGCCCAAGGACACCUUCAACUUUACGCGCUGCACCAUCAGCGGCGAGGGCAUGCCGGAGGUGGUGCCCGAGGGCUACUACAAGGCCCUGGCCAUCAUCAGUGCCCUGCCAGCCGUGGAGCUUCAGAUGACCGUCACCCUGAAGGUGACGACCAAAAUGUUCUGAAAUCUAUCCAUAAAAAAAAUAUACAGGAGCGUGGGUUCUAUUCCAUAGCCAA